UGCUCCUUACUCUGGGGUUAGUCCUGCUGCAGCUCAGAGGGGAGAGCAGCUAUUGAAGGGAAUGAAGUACAGCCUGAUCUGCAGGAACAAUCGAGGGAAGCAAUAGUUGCACGGACUUUUUUUACAUGUCAAACAUUUCUUUACUGCUGGCUGAAGUGGGAGGACGCUUCCAAUUUGUAAUGCUGAAAUAUGAGAGAACGGAACCGGGGCGGGUGAAGGCACAUGGGAGAGGACUGUCCGUGUACUCGGGGCUCUGAAAGGAGGGGGAAAAAACACGCUUGGAAGUGGAUUUGGCGAAGUGGGAUGAUUAAAAAAAGUUUAAGUUCCGGACGGAGCUCUAAACACCAGCCACGCCAAUGGAUAUAAAGAGAGAGCGAGCUGCAGACUGUUAACAUUUCAUUUAACCUCUCAUCUAGAGUUUGGAGAUCCCAAACUCCGAUAGAAGACCAGCACUGUGUUGGGGAGUGGGGCCAACAUGUUGCGGUGGUCUCUGACAGCUUUGGGUCUUUCGUGGACUUUGUUCCUCUGCACCGCGAGCCCCAGUGCUGCCCCGGAGAGACAGGGUUAUCUGGUCGCUGCCCCCUCAGUGUUUCGAGCCGGCGUGGAGGAGAGUGUGAGCGUCACCAUCUUCAACGCCAAGGCAGAGACGCGUGUCCAGGUGCAGCUGACGGUGAAGGGGCAGACGGUCGCACACAGCCACGGCUCGCUGCUCGACAAAGGCACCAUCAAACUGAAGGUUCCCUCUGGCUGAGAGGCCAGGCCCAUCUGAAGGUGUGGGGGAACCGUCACCUGACGGAGGGAGGCUACAUCUUCCACAACUACACCACCGUCACCGUGGAGAGCAAGGGCACAGCUGUAUUCAUCCAGACCGACAAGCCCGUCUACAAACCCACACAUAAAGUAUUCAUCAAUGUCUACACAGUCACCCCCGACCUGAGGCCAGUGAAUGACAAGAUCGAGGCGUAUGUCUUGGAUCCAAGAGGAUCCAGGAUGGUCCAGUGGAAAAGUCUGAAGUCUGUCUGCUGUGGCGUUGUGAACAUGAGCUUCCCUCUGUCGGACCAGCCUGUGUUUGGAGAGUGGUUUAUCUUUGUGGAGGUGCAGGGCCACACCUAUAACAAGUCUUUUGAAGUGCAGAAAUACGUGAUGCCCAAGUUUGAGUUGAUGAUCGAUCCUCCAAACUACAUCCGUGAUCUGAGCUCCUGUGAGCAGGCGACUGUCAGAGCCAAGUAUACGUUUGGGAAACCAGUGACAGGGAAGUUGACAGUGAACAUGACGGUGAACGGAGUGGGCUACUACCGGCAUGAGAUGGGCCAUCCUGUGAUCAAAAACAUGGAGAUCAAAGGCUCUGCUAACUUCAGCCUGUGUGUGAAAGACAUGAUGCCCGUGGAUGUGGCCGACCACUUCAGGGGAACUGUGAGCAUCUGGGCGUCAGUGACCAGCGUGGAUGGGAGCCGGCAAACCACAUUUGACGAUUCAACGCCCGUCCAUAAACAGCUGAUCGACAUCAAAUACUCCAAGGACACACGCAAACAGUUCAAGCCUGGUCUGCCCUACAAAGGGAAGAUCGAGGUAACCUACCCUGAUGGGAGUCCUGCAGAUGGGGUGAGGGUGCGUGUGAAGGCGGAGCUGACCCUCAAAGACAACGUGUACACCAGCGAGCUGACCUCCAAGGGCGGCCAGGCCUCCUUUGAGAUCCCCUCCAUCCCCACCGCGGCCCAGUACGUCUGGCUGGAGACCAAGGUGACGUCCAUUGAUGGUAAGACAGUGGGAGACCAGUACCUGCCUAGCUACCUGUCCAUCAGCAGCUGGUACUCUCCCAGCAGGUGUCACAUCCAGAUCCAGAGCCCCGGAGCCCCACUCAAGGUUGGCCAAGAAGCAGAAGUGGCUUUCAAGUCCACGUGUCCCUGUAACUUCACGCUGCACUACGAGGUGGCGUCCAGAGGGAACAUCGUCCUGUCGGGACAGCAAGCCGCCAACCUGACCGCCUCGCACCGAGGGAAACGAGCCACUGUCACCUUCGACAAAAACAUCCACACCACCCAGCUGCCUCCAUCUGCCUCUGGUGCUGCAGGCUCCUCCCCCUCCCAGGCGGAGAUGGACAGCUGUGUGUCGUAUCUGCGUUUCCCCGUCAGCCACAGCAUGGCUCCGCUCAGCCGUCUGCUGGUGUACUACGUGAGGGAGAACGGUGAAGGUGUAACAGACAGUCUGCAAAUCCCCAUCGAGCCCGACUUUGAAAACAAGGUUUCUGUUUCCCUGUCAUCUAACGAGACUUUGCCCGGAGACCCUGUGACUCUGCGUGUCCGUGGAGAAAAAGGCUCCUGUGUGUGUGUGGCCACGGUGGACAAGAGCCUCUAUCUGUUAAAGCCUGACUUCCAGCUCAGUCCAGACAAGGUGUUCAAAGAGCUGGCAGAUUUUGACGUCUCGGAUGCCUUCGGGAUUCCCAAAGAUGACGGACACUUCUGGUGGCCCGGGCUGUCGUCACGGAGACGCCGACGCUCCUCUGUGUUCCCGUGGCACUGGGACAUCACCAAGGACGCACGCUUCGCUUUCUCAGAAACCGGGCUGGUGGUGAUGACAGACAUGGUGAGUCUGAACCACCGGCAGAGUGGAGGCAUGUACACGGACGAGGCCGUCCCCGCCUUCCAGCCACACUCCUCCACCUUAGUGGCCGCCAUGCACUCUCGACCCACAGCCAGAGCAGAGAAGCGAAGGCGUACAUUUUUCCCAGAGACUUGGGUGUGGCACUGCCUCAACGUCAGCUCUGAGAGCGGGGAGGCCGAGCUGAGAUUGGAGGUGCCGGACUCGAUCACCACCUGGGUGACAGAAGCCAUCGGCCUGUCGGAGGAGAAGGGGCUCGGUUUAGCAAAGAGAGCUGAGCUUCGGACCUUCAAGCCCUUCUUCGUUGACUUCACCUUGCCCUACCGUUUAAUCAGAGGGGAGCAGACCAAAGUUCCCCUCACCGUCUACAACUAUCUACCAUCCUGUGCCGAGGUUCAUGUUAAAGUCUCCGUCCCAAAAGGCAUAACGUUUAUCGGCCACCCUGGAAAGCACCACCUGACCAGGAAGAAGUGUGUUGCUCCUGGAGAGGCGACACCCACAUCCAUUGUGCUGUCUUUCACUGAACUGGGGUCUGCAAACAUCACAGCCCGCGCCAUCGCCUACAGUGAACCGAGCUGCUGUGCUGAUGGAAUGCAGGCCGGCAAGACGAGUAAUGAUGUGGAAGAUAAAAGAACUCCGAUUGGUCUGGAUUAUGUUCGCAGAACCGUCCAAGUGGAGCCAGAAGGCCUUCCCAGGGAAUACACCUACAGUGUCUUCUUCUGUCCUAAUGAGAGAAUCCACAUUUCCACCCCCAACAAGUACGAGUAUCAGUAUGUGAAAAAGCCGGCCAAGAUGAACCAGUUCCAGGUGGCAGUGAAGACCCACAACGACGCCCACUUUGCCCUCUCCGCCAGCCCCCACGACAGUGCUGAGAUGCUGGAGAUCGUGCUCGGGGGAAGGCAGAACACUCGCUCCUGGAUCUCGCUGGGGAAGAUGGGCGAGCCUCUGAUAUCUGCGGCCACACCGGGACUCCUCUCCUGGGACGAGUUCCGCAGCUUCUGGAUCAGCUGGAAGGGAGGCGUGGUGCAGGUGGGCCACGGUUUACAUCCAUCAAAUGACUCAGUGAUCCUGCAGUGGGUCGGCCAAUUCCACGGACAGGUUCGUCACAUUGGCUUCUCAACAGGCUGGGGGUCAGUCGGGGAGUUUAAGAUCUGGAGGAAGGAAGACUCUGAUGAGAACCACAAUGAGGCCUUCACUCUGGGGGUCCCACACAACAUGGUGCCCGGAUCUGAGAAGGCCACAGCGUUUAUGAUUGGGGACGUGAUGGGGCCGACUCUUAACAACCUGGACAAGCUGCUGCGGCUGCCCUUCGGCUGUGGGGAGCAGAACAUGAUCCACUUUGCCCCCAACGUCUUUGUUCUGAAGUACCUGCGGAAAACCCGGCAGCUCACCGCUGACGUUGAGAAUGAAGCCACUGACUACCUGCUCCAAGGCUACCAGAGACAACUGACCUACAAGCGGCAGGAUGGAUCCUACAGCGCCUUCGGAGAGAGGGAUUCCUCCGGCAGUAUGUGAUCCCCAGCCAAUGCAUGACGUGUGUGGCCUUUCAAGCUGUCAGGGAGUACAUUGUGGGCAAGACAGCGCCUGUUCCGGUCAAGAUCUAUGACUACUACGAACCAGCCUUUGAAGCCACCCGGUUCUACAACGUUAGCGAGAGCAGCCCGCUAGCUCGGGAGCUGUGUGACGGGCCCACAUGCAAUGAGGUGGAAAGUUCAACCAAUCAGUGGAUAGGUUUUGUGCAGGCAAACCAGUGCAACAAUGUGUUUGGCUGCCCGGAGGAGGAGCAGUUUGAGCGCUGCACUUGCUACAGAGACUGCGGGUACGACGGAGAGCCGGUGUGUGGGUCAGACGGACAGCUCUACCAGAACCAGUGUCAGAUGGAGGUGUUUGCCUGUCGAAACGGGACACGCAUCAAGCAGGUCCCCCUGUCCCAGUGUCCUCAGAUGGAGGCCACGGUGGAGGACAGGCAGCCAAUAGUAACCCAGGAAACUGAGCAGCCUUCAGUGCCUGUACACACAGGUGAAGAGGAGCAGGGGUCCAUGGCAGAGGUGUCCUACUACUCCUACGAAUACGACCAGGACUCGGAGCAUUUCCUCGCUGAUGCAGAUGGAGGAGACCAGUUUGACCUUCCUGGCGGGGGGGCGGACGUAGAGCAGAAGGUUCUCCUGCCGACCGACACCCAGCUACCCACACUGAACAUAAAAAACACCCCUGAGCGAUGAGACGCUGACUGAGUGAAGCCAUACUCGCCUCCAAAUUGUACAUUAUUUGUGAAUAUGCUAGUGAAUGGAAAGAGAAGAGAGACUUGGGACGGGUGCAGCCUGAGAGGAAGAGAUAAUGGAGUCUGGAGAGUGUGUGUGUUUAGGAAUGAAGUGUGUGUGGAUGCAUCUAUACGUGUGUGUGUGUGUGUGAAAGCUAUUAGAAUAGUGUCCUCCAGACGGUUGUUGUUCUUCCUGCAGACUCCUGGUCACCAAUAGGCACCAUAGCAUCUUUGUUAUUCACUGUACUGCCGUUAUAAUCACUAGAAUAAAUAAUCAAGUAUUUAUGUUUGUAAUUACACCUGACUUUAAGCAAAACAUAUUUUGUUAUAUUUUCUAUCUGUGGUAUUUAUUUUUAGCUAGAUGUCAUAUCAUUUUUAUUAUAUUCUAUUGUCAACGCCCCUCCCAUACUCUCUGCCCUACAUUCAAAAGACAUGUGCUGUCAAAGGCUUUACCUUCUUCCAUAGCAAGCUUUAACCCAAUUAUUGAAAUGUUUGAUGAAAUUCCUGUGCUGGUAUCCUGCUGGAAGAAGACAUAUGCUAACCAUAUGCUUCACCGAAACAUAAGCUCAAAUGUUUUUCAGUUUAAAGAUUAGUUUGGGCUUCUUGCCUUUGUCAUACAGCGCAGCACAGAUCGACACAUAGAGACAGAGAAGGCGACAUGACACAAACCCUCUGUGCGACACAAACUGGUCGUACGCAGACACAUCAACAUUUACUCUCAAGUCACUCUCUCUUUCUACCUUGAGAUUUGAUUGUACAGUUCAUAAGCUAUUUUGUUUUUGUUCAAUUUUGAUUCGUGAAGCAAUCAACUUAAAAAAGAAAUCAAGAAUGAAGUUUUGAAUCUCUGUAAAUUUACCAAAUUUGAUUAAAUGUAGCCCCGAUUCAUAACAAAAAUGUGCUUUUUAAGACAAACGAGAAUAAAAUUUGUAUACAAUCCAAA